AGCGCCUGGACCCGCGCUUCCUCCGGCGGCCCACCAUCCGCUUCAGCCUCGGGCCCCAGGGCCCCGGCUACCUGCCCAAGCGCCGCGCCUCCUACUGCGCGUCCACCAUCAGCGUCAUCAACGAGCUGGCCAAGAUGGGCGACCCCGACAUGCUGGAGAUGCUGCAGGAGCACGAAAGAAAAUGCAGCAGACCUGCAGACUUUGAUUUCCAAAGAACCGAGCAGGGAGUGAACGCUGGAGAGACCAGCUUUCUCAUUGAUAAUCAGUCACAGCCUGCAAAACGAUACAAUUUGUUCCUGAGGCGGCGUCUUAUGUUUAAGAAACACAAACAAAGCAAAGAUUCUAUCUUCUUCCGAGAUGGGAUUAGACAAAUUGAUUUUGUUCUUUCCUAUGUCGAUGACUUGAAGAGAGAAGGCGAGAUAAAAGCAGAAAGAAGGAAAGAGUUUGAACUGAAUCUCAGAAAAACAGGUCUAGAGUUGGAAAUUGAAGACAAAAUGAAUUCUGAAGAUGGAAGAACUUACUUUGUCAAGAUCCAUGCCCCUUGGGAGGUCCUGAUGACUUACGCCGAGGUGCUAGGUAUGAAGAUGCCGAUCGAGGAGAGCGACAUUCCCCGGGUGCAGAACUCCCCCUUCAGCUACAUGCUCAAGCCUGUGAGGCUUCCAAAGGAGAUCAAGCAUCCUCAUCCAGAAUACUUCACGGCCCAGUUCACCAGAUAUCGCCAAGAGCUCUUCCUCAUUGACGAGCCGGCCAACUUCUUUCCGUCGUCAUCCAGGAACAGAAUUGUUUAUUACAUUCUCUCCCGGUGUCCUUUCGGUAUGGAAGAAGGGAAAAAGAGAAUUGGCAUUGACAGACUGCUAACUUCUUCCACUUACUCCUCUGCCUUUCCGCUCCAUGACGGUCAAUACUGGAAACCUUCAGAACCUCCUAAUCCUGUCAAUGAAAGAUACCUACUUUGCCAGAACUGGGCCCGGAUAUCCUAUUUCUACAAGGAACAGCCUUUAGACUUGAUUAAGAAUUAUUACGGAGAAAAAAUCGGCAUUUAUUUCGUCUUCCUUGGAUUCUACACGGAAAUGUUGACGCUAGCAGCUAUAGUUGGCUUGUUUUGUUUUGUGUAUGGCUUGUUGUCCAUGAAUGCUAACACGAGCAGCACUGAAAUCUGUGACCCUGAGAUCGGAGGCAAGAUCAUCAUGUGCCCACUCUGUGACGUAGUAUGUGAUUUCUGGAGACUGAACACCACCUGUCUGGCCUCAAAGGUCUCCCAUCUGUUUGACAAUGAGUCCACAGUGUUCUUUGCAAUAUUCAUGGGCAUCUGGGUCACGCUGUUUUUGGAGUUGUGGAAGCAGCGGCAAGCCAAGCUGGAAUAUGAAUGGGACCUCGUGGACUUUGAGGAGGAACAGCAGCAGCUGCAGCUGAGACCUGAGUUUGAAGCCAUGUGUAAGAAGCGGAGACUGAACGCGGUGACCAAGGAGAUGGAGCCGUACAUGCCUCUGUGUAGCCGCCUCCCUUGGUACUUCCUGUCAGGUGUCACAGUGAUCUUAUGGAUGUCUCUGGUCCUGGUGAGCAUGGUGGCCGUGAUUGUGUACCGUCUGUCCGUCUUCGCCACCUUUGCCAGCUUCAUGGAGAGCGAAGCCUCCUUACAACACGUCAGAAGUUUCCUCACGCCUCAGAUAGCCACGGCGCUCACUGGAUCGUGCUUGAACUUUAUUAUGAUCUUGAUCUUAAACUUCUUUUACGAAAAAUUGGCUGCCUGGAUUACAAAAAUGGAACUUCCUCGGACAUACCAGGAGUAUGAGAGCAGCAUUAUCUUGAAAAUGUUCCUGUUUCAGUUUGUAAAUUACUACUCCUCCUGCUUCUACGUAGCCUUCUUUAAAGGGAAACUUGUGGGCUACCCAGGAAAAUACACAUACAUGUUUAAUGUGUGGAGAAGUGAAGAGUGUGAUCCGGGAGGCUGUCUGAUAGAACUGACAACCCAACUAACCAUCAUAAUGACUGGGAAACAGAUCUUUGGAAACAUUCAGGAAGCUAUUUAUCCCUUGGUUCUGAACUGGUGGAGACGUCGGAAAGCUCGGACCAACUCUGAAAAGCUCUACAGUAGGUGGGAGCAGGACCAUGACCUAGAGCAUUUCGGCUCUCUGCAACUAUUCUACGAGUAUUUAGAGACAGUUAUCCAGUUUGGCUUUGUCACCUUAUUUGUGGCAUCUUUUCCUUUGGCCCCUCUCCUGGCGCUCUUGAAUAAUGUCAUAGAGAUCCGCGUGGACGCCUGGAAGCUCACCACCCAGUACAGGAGGCCGGUGGCCGCCAAAGCUCACAGCAUUGGCGUGUGGCAGGACAUCCUUUACGCCAUGGCUGUCCUCUCUGUGGCAACCAACGCUUUCAUCGUGGCCUUCACGUCGGACAUCAUCCCCCGGCUGGUCUACUACUAUGCCUACUCGACCAACGCCAAGGAGCCCAUGAAGGGCUAUGUCAACAACAGCCUGUCCGUGUUUCUCAUCGCUGACUUUCCAAACAACACAAUCCCGUCAGAAAAACGGGACUUCACCACCUGCAGGUACAGAGAUUACAGAUACCCUCCUGAUCACGACCAGAAAUACUAUCAUAACAUUGACUACUGGCAUGUCCUGGCUGCCAAGAUGACCUUCAUCAUCGCUAUAGAAGAACCAACACCAGUCCUCGCAAGAAUGGAGUCUGUAAAACAAAGGAUUUUGACCCCUGGAAAAGAAGGGCUAAAGAAUUUUGCUGGAAAAUCCCUCAGCCAGAUCUACAGGGUUCUGGAGAAGAAGCAAGAGGCCGGGGAGACCAUCGAGCUGACGGAGGAUGGCAAGCCCCUGGAGGCCCCCGAGAGGAAGGCGCCGCUGUGCGACUGCAGGUGCUUCGGCCUCCCUCGCCGCUACAUCAUCGCCAUCAUGAGCGGCCUGGGCUUCUGCAUCUCCUUCGGCAUCCGCUGCAACCUGGGCGUGGCCAUCGUGGACAUGGUCAACAACAGCACCAUCCACCGCGGGGGCAAGGUCAUCAAGGAGAAAGCCAAAUUUAACUGGGACCCGGAAACUGUGGGCAUGAUCCACGGCUCCUUCUUCUGGGGGUACAUCAUCACCCAGAUCCCAGGCGGCUACAUUGCGUCUCGGCUGGCAGCCAACAGAGUGUUUGGAGCUGCCAUACUCCUCACCUCGACCCUGAAUAUGCUCAUUCCAUCUGCAGCCAGAGUGCAUUAUGGGUGUGUCAUCUUUGUGAGGAUCUUGCAGGGACUUGUGGAGGGUGUGACCUAUCCAGCUUGCCAUGGUAUAUGGAGUAAAUGGGCCCCUCCUCUGGAAAGGAGUAGACUGGCCACCACGUCCUUUUGUGGGUCCUACGCUGGAGCCGUGAUUGCAAUGCCACUAGCUGGCAUUCUUGUACAGUACACGGGCUGGUCUUCAGUGUUCUAUGUCUAUGGAAGCUUUGGAAUGGUCUGGUACAUGUUUUGGCUAUUGGUGUCUUAUGAGAGUCCUGCAAAGCACCCUACGAUUACAGAUGAAGAACGUAGGUACAUAGAAGAAAGCAUUGGAGAAAGUGCAAAUCUUUUAGGUGCAAUGGAAAAAUUCAAGACUCCUUGGAGGAAAUUUUUCACAUCUAUGCCAGUCUAUGCAAUAAUCGUCGCAAACUUCUGCAGAAGCUGGACUUUUUAUUUAUUGCUUAUUAGCCAGCCAGCAUAUUUUGAGGAAGUCUUCGGAUUUGAAAUCAGCAAGGUCGGCAUGCUCUCUGCUGUACCACACUUAGUGAUGACUAUCAUUGUGCCUAUUGGAGGGCAGAUUGCUGAUUUCCUCAGAAGCAGACAAAUCCUUUCAACAACUACAGUCAGGAAGAUCAUGAAUUGUGGAGGCUUUGGUAUGGAAGCCACGUUGCUUUUGGUUGUUGGCUAUUCCCACACAAGAGGGGUAGCCAUCUCAUUCCUGGUUCUUGCAGUGGGGUUCAGUGGGUUUGCUAUCUCUGGCUUCAAUGUUAAUCACUUGGAUAUUGCCCCAAGAUAUGCCAGUAUCUUAAUGGGUAUUUCCAAUGGUGUUGGCACAUUGUCAGGAAUGGUUUGCCCGAUCAUUGUUGGUGCAAUGACAAAGAAUAAGUCCCGUGAAGAAUGGCAAUAUGUCUUCCUGAUAGCUGCCCUAGUCCACUAUGGCGGAGUGAUAUUCUAUGCACUAUUUGCCUCAGGAGAAAAGCAACCUUGGGCAGACCCUGAAGAAACCAGCGAAGAAAAGUGUGGCUUCAUCCAUGAAGAUGAACUUGAUGAAGAAACAGGAGACAUUACUCAAAAUUAUAUAAAUUAUGGUGCCGCUAAGUCUUAUGGUGCCACAACUCAGGCCAAUGGAGGUUGGCCCAAUGGUUGGGAAAAGAAGGAGGAACUUGUACAAGAAGAAGUCCAAGACUCAUAUACUUAUAAAGACCAAGGCGAUUACUCAUAACAAAUCUAACCGCUGGGUUUGUUUUUAGUGUUUGUGAUUCAAUUGUGAUUGCACAAUAAUUAAAAAAAAAAAAGUGGUGUAAACAUGUAAACAUACCAACCAGGCAAGUCUUGCUGUCAAACUAAAAUCAAAACAAACUCAUGAAGCUGCCAUCAAGCGCAAUCCUUAGAAGUUGUGAAAUGCCGUCCUUCCCGUUCAGAUCAUCUGUUCUUGCAUUUGUAGUUUAAAGGCUAUCUGGUCAACAUUUUAGAAGCAAGUAGUUAAUCACUGGAUUCAUAUGAGCUGAAACUCAUAUCAAGCACAAGUAUAACAGCUGGCACAGUCCACCCUACAAAGGUUAGGGAGCCAGAGCUACUGCAUCAUAUAAAAUGCACUUAUCUAUCUGUCACACUGCACUGCAAGAUAUCCCAGAGUCCCAUCUGAAACAGUGACUUUCUCAUACCAUCUGCAUCAAGAGUUGGCAACUGGAGUUGGGGGAUAUCUCUCGAUCAGAGACGCAUGUGGUGGGCUGGCAACAAACAAUGUACGUAAAUAAUGAUUGUUAUUACAUGGUGUGGAAUAUCUCCUUGAUUCUGUAAAGGAAUAUCUUGCAGUUUAGAUUGGCAAUGCUUGGACACCCUUUUGUCCGUGAAAGGGUACAUGUAAAGAGAGGCGUAUGUAUCCUGUUCUUCCACCCAUCUACUUAACAGUAUCCGGCACAUCACAUUUCAGUAAAAUACAAAUUUUCAUGUAGCACAUCACAUCACUUUUUUGCAAAAAAAAAAAUUAUAUAUAUAUAUAAAAUAGACUUCAAUGUAUUUUUAUUACAACUUUGUACUGGUUGUAAUUUGCAUUAGAAAAAAAGAUACACACACUUUAAAGAAUCUAAUGAGAAAUUUAUGAUAAAGACAUAGCCCUUAAAUUGCAAUAUUAACAACAAAAGAUAUAGAAAAUGGUUUAGAUAGCCUCCUUCCUUAAUAAUGAAAUGUGUGUCACAGAGCUAUAUAUGAUAUAAAAAGAUAACAACUUAAUAGAGAUAUUGUAAGUAGACAAUUUUAUUAUUUAAAAUCCCAUUUAUAAGAGAUUUUUGUCUUAAGUAUAUAGGACCAUAAAGUAUAUUGAAAUUAUAUCUAUAUAUCUAUUUAUCAUAUACAUAUUCAUACACAAAAAAGAAAAUGAACACUUCACAAGAAACCAAAAAAGGCAUACACCUAGUGUUGGGUUAGGGGGCAGACAUUUCUACUUUUCAUAGCGUCAUCAAAUUUUAGAUCAGGCAGAGGCAAUUUGCUUGUCAUUUCUUAAUAUUAUUCAACAGGAACUGCAACAACUGUGUGCCAAGCAAUUAAGUGCAAUGCAUACCAUUUCCUGUCUGUAUAUUAUCUUCAUUUUGCUUGUGGUUGCUGUUUGGGUGGUUGGAAUGACUUUUUUUUUUUCUUCAAGGUUAUCAGACAGCUUUCUAAUGUCCUAUAGUGACAAUGCACUUCCCAAUUUAAACCAAGCCAUUCUUGGUCUAUGUAAUUGUCUAUCCUGAAUAUUUGACAUGUUUUCUUGUAUUGUGCUCGUGACUGGAGGCCCUGCUGUUGCCACUAUAAAACACAAAGUCUGUUUUUAACAAAAAAAAUGCAAACCAUUCUUGACCUUAAGAAAAUAAAAACUAUCUUUUGCUUUGUGUCUCAAAGUGAUAUAACCGUGAUGGUAGUUUUCUUUGUGAACUG